UCCCUAAAGGAUGAUGGAUGCUGGCCAGGCUGUGCAGGGCUGGGCUGCGCAGGAGCCAGCUCCUCCCUCUCGCUAUUUAUUCCUCCCCGUGGCUCUGCGGCCGAGGCUGAAUCACCCUGAACCGAGCAAGCAACGGGCUUCCAGCUGCCAUGGCCAGGCUCCUCGUCACCUGCUGCCUGGUGGCCCUGCUCCUCAGCGCCUGGACCGAUGUUGCCUUCUCCAAGAAGAGCAAAGGCAAGCCCAGCGGGGGUGGCUGGGGCAUGGGGAGCCACCGCCAGCCCAGCUACCCCCGCCAGCCCGGCUACCCGCAAAACCCCGGCUACCCCCAUAACCCCGGCUACCCCCACAACCCCGGCUACCCCCACAACCCGGGGUGGGGACAGGGUUACAACCCAUCCAGCGGAGGAAGCUACCACAACCAAAAGCCAUGGAAACCCCCCAAAUCCAAGACCAACUUCAAGCACGUGGCCGGGGCGGCAGCGGCGGGCGCUGUGGUGGGAGGUUUGGGGGGCUACGCCAUGGGACGUGUCAUGUCGGGGAUGCACUAUCACUUCGACAGCCCCGAUGAGUACCGGUGGUGGAACGCAAAUGCGGACCGUUACCCCAACCGGGUUUACUACCGGGAUUACAGCAGCCCCGUCACGCAGGACGUCUUCGUCGCCGACUGCUUUAACAUCACGGUGACCGAAUACAACAUCGGACCCGCCGCCAAGAAGAACGUGUCGGAGGCUGGUCAAGCGGUGAACCAGACAGAGACGGAGAUGGAGACCAAGGUGGUGACGAAGGUGAUCCGGGAGAUGUGCGUCCAGCAGUACCGCGAGUACCGCCUGGCCUCCGGCAACCGGCUGCACCUUGCUGACGUCUCCCUCGCCACUGUCCUCCUCCUCACCCUCUUUGCCAUGCACUGAUGCGCCCUGGAUCCCGUGGUUUCGAGAUGUCACCCAUGUCCCUGCGGGGACCUGCUGAACCCCCCUGUUCUUGCUUGCGGUCGUCUUUGGUGAAGAGCCCUUGGGGCACACAGGCACCAACGCUCCCCAUCACCUCCCCGGAGGCUCUGGUUUAGACAACUGGAUGAAAAUAUCCUUCUCCACCCCAAAUGCGACCCUGUCGUGGCAGGACAGUGAUGGAGCUGGAUGUCCAAACAAAUGGCCUUCACCACCUCCUUCUCCUCGGGGCCACCCUGAGAGGGACCGGGCAGAGAGGAGCUCUCCCGGUCCUUGGCACCCCUGCAAGAGCAUUUCUGAAAAUCCUUUUUGCUAACAAGCAGGUUUUUACCUGAUCCCCUUAGUCCCACUGCCACCAAACCCCCUUUGCCCAGGACACGCUGUGGCAUUGCCCCUGAACACCUAUACACCCCCCAGGGGUUUUAGGAGGGUCAGAGAUGGGUUUUUCCAGCAACAAGCUGCUGGAUUGCAAUUUUAACCCUUUAAUCCUAAAAGCCACUCUUCCUCAUGUCCAUGUGGACCUGCCCGCUCCGCACUUUGCAUGCUGCAAAUACCUCCUGCAGCAAUACACAAAAAUAAAAUGAUAUUUCUUUUUCCCCUGCAGCAAGGCCGAAGCCCUGGCUGGGUUUCGGUUGACCCCCGCGCCACUUCGCUUUCGGCUCAGCCUCGCUGUCCCUCUUAGCCUGUCUAAAGACAAAAAGUGCUGCUGAAUGUCCCCAAAAAACCCCGAAGUGGGAAUGCUUGGUGUGUUACAGCUGGAGAAAAGGCUAUUUUUGGAUGUGCUAGAGGUGACAAGUCAUGCUCACACUUCGGCACCUUGACCUAAAGGACGUUAAAAUACAGCAAAAAGGAUGCCUGGGGCGGGGGGGCAAGCACGUAGCAAGAGACUUAUAUCACCUAAAUUGGACGGUUACAGCAAAAAACAUCAGGAAAACCAAGCCUGAGGGAUGGGAGAUGCUAAAAAGUUCCCCAAACAACCACCCCUUUUGCAAGUAAUUUGUAGAAGCAGCAGGUGAAAUUCUUGCUUCUUGUGUUUGGGUCGAUGCUGGGUUGUCUCUAACCUGCAGCAUCUGUAAAGUUGCGCUUGUUGAACCAGUCUCCCCGAGUUAUAUUUAAUAUCUCUCGUGUUUUGGUUUUUUUUUGCAAGGCACUGAAUGACACUAUUCUAAAUGAUUUUUUGCAUUGGUGUAAGCUAAAUGAAGAUAUAUAUAUAUAUAUAUAUUAAAAAAAUAGAGAGAAAAGAAAUCUUUCAGGAUAUUCACUGGAAAAGCAGGGCUUUGGGGUAACCCGUACUUUGUGAUACGCGAAUGUUUUGUAAAGCCGUAACGGUGCAUGCACAAAAUUUGCCGUUCCGAUACUUUUCUAAGUGUUCGAUGUCUGGUACAAAUUAAAACGGAUAAAGCCAA